GUCACCGCUGCUGGAGUGGACUGGAUGCGCACUAAUUCUCCAUACUAACUAGUAGGCCAGUACGCAGUUUGCGUUUCUUGGUCAAAACAAGUGUGUGGAAGAUGGCGACGGACGGAGGCACUGAUAGUGACAGCGGCGCACACAGCAUGGAUAAAAGCAUAAUCCUUCCUCCGGAUGAAAUCUUUCGGAAUUUGGAAAAUGCCAAGAGGUUCGCAAUAGAUAUAGGUGGCUCAUUGACAAAACUGGCGUAUUACUCCACUGUCCAGCACAAAGUGGCCAAAGUGAGAUCAUUCGAUCAUACGGCCAAGACAAGCUUUCAGAACGACACAGACGGAGACUCGCUGUACGAGAUCUCGGUCCAGGAGGAGAUCACGGCUCGGCUCCACUUCAUCAAGUUCGAGAACCGGUACAUCGAAACUUGCCUGGAUUUCAUCAAAGACCACCUGGUGAACACGGAAACCAAAGUUAUCAAGGCUACAGGAGGAGGAGCUUACAAGUUCAAAGACCUGAUUGAGAAGAAGUUAAAACUCAAAGUGGACAAAGAGGACGAGAUGUCAUGUCUUAUCAAGGGCUGUAAUUUUGUGCUGAAGAAUAUCCCUCACGAGGCUUUUGUUUACACAAAGCACGCCGACCCAGAGUUUCGCUUCCAGAACACGCACCCGGACAUCUUCCCUUAUCUUCUGGUUAACAUUGGCUCUGGAGUUUCCAUCGUCAAGGUGGAAUCGGAGGACAAAUUCGAGCGCAUUGGCGGGAGCUCCAUCGGUGGUGGGACGUUCUGGGGUCUUGGAGCUUUGCUUACGAAAACCAAGAGAUUUGAUGAGCUUUUGCAGUUGGCCUCUAAGGGACAGCACACCAGUGUGGACAUGUUGGUUAAGGACAUCUAUGGGGGAGCAUCCGUCUCUCUGGGACUGCCCGGAUACCUCAUAGCGAGCAGCUUCGGGAAAUCUGCCACCACUGAUAAAGAGUUCUCCAAAGAAGACAUGGCUAAGAGCCUGCUGCACAUGAUCAGUAAUGAUAUCGGACAGCUGGCCUGCCUCUACGCCCGACUGCACAACCUCACCCGAGUUUACUUCGGAGGAUUCUUCAUCCGAGGACACCCGGUGACCAUGCACACCAUCACCUACAGCAUCAAUUUCUUCUCCAAGAGCGAAGUUCAGGCUUUGUUUCUAAGACACGAAGGCUACCUGGGUGCUAUCGGGGCGUUCCUGAAGGGUGCCGAAGAAGACAAUCCCAAUCAGUACAGCUGGGAAGAAAACUACGCCGGCAGUUCCGGCCUCAUGAGCGUGUCUCCGGAUCUGAAUCCUAUGCAACGGGCACGAAGUGGCACAUUUGACAUGUUGGAGAUGGACCGCUUGGAGAGGCAGCUGGUGAACCUGCCGCUCCUGCAGGACCCUUCGUCUUACAUCCCCGACACCGUGGAUCUCACCGAGGAUGCUCUGGCUAGAGACUACUGGCUCUACUGUUUCGAGGAAGCGCUGGAUGGGGUGGUGAAGCGAGCCGUGGCCAGCCAGAAAGACCAGCCCGAGGCCACGGAGAGGGCAGAGAAGUUCCGCCAGAAGUACAGACACAAGCUGCAGACACUACGCCAGCAGCCAUUCGCAUACGGAUCCCUCACUGUCCGGAGUCUGCUCGACACCAGGGAGCAUUGUUUGAACGAAUUCAACUUUCCUGACCCCUAUUCUAAGAUCAAGCAGAAGGAGAACGACAUGGCGCUGAAGUACUACCAGAAGGUGGUGCAGUCUCUGGAGGAGCUGAGCUGGGAGCAGAGGCAGUUCGCUCUGGUCCGAGGCCUGCUGGCGGGCAACGUGUUCGACUGGGGAGCCAAAGCCGUGUCCGACAUUCUGGAAACUGAUCCGCAGUUCGGGUUUGAACAGGCAAAGCAGCAGCUGCAAGAGCGUCCUUGGCUUGUAGAUGCCUAUAACCAGUGGAUUGAACGAUUGAAGGGUCCUCCUCAUAAAUGUGCGUUGUUUUUCGUGGAUAAUAGUGGGAUGGAUAUCAUUCUAGGCGUUUUCCCCUUUGUAAGAGAACUCCUCAUUCGAGGCACAGAGGUUGUUCUCGCGAGUAACUCGAGUCCUGCGCUAAACGACGUCACUAACAGCGAGCUGCAGAUCGUCACUGAGAGAAUAGCUGCUAUGGAUCCUGUCAUUCAUGCCGGAGUAAAAGAGGACAGGCUGACGUUAGUUCAGAGUGGAUCCAGUUCUCCCUGUCUGGACUUGAGUCGAUUGGAUAAAGUCCUGGCCACGGUGGUGCGCGAGCGCGGCACGGACCUGGUGAUCAUCGAAGGCAUGGGCCGCGCCAUCCACACCAACUACUACGCCAUGCUGAACUGCGAAAGCCUCAAGCUGGCCGUCAUCAAAAACUCGUGGCUGGCCGAGCGGCUCGGCGGCAAGAUCUUCAGCGUGGUCUUUAAGUACGAAGUUCCUUCCGAAUCUCAGGGGCGACAUUAAGAGACCGUUUCCCACGCGCACUCAUCUCAGCCGGGAGGAUAGGAUACGGCACGGUGAGCCGCCGCACACCUCCAGGACGUGUCAUCACGUCUGUGCCUCCGUGCCACUUUUUUGCGAUUGACCCGUUGAUUGUAUACACGAUGGUGGAAUCCAUUUUCUUUUUUUUUUUUUCUUCUUUUUUUUCAAUUCCAGUUAACAAUAAUAAUAAAUAAUCAUCAUUAAUAAAUAAUAAUAAUAAUAUGUGGGUCGCACUCAUCGCAUGUUCACACCUGCUCUGAAAUCUAGUGCUUCUCAAACAACCACUGCUGUUAUAUCUGGAAGGCAGGGUGAUUUCUGGGGGGGGGUGCUCUCGAGUGAUGGUGUUAAGCAAACAUCAAUUUAAAGAAAAAAAAAACAAAACAAUAUAAAGUCAAUUAUUUUACCGAAAAACAGAUAUCAAAUAUUACCAGGCUUUGUCAUUCACAGUGAAUCUACCAUUUAUAACAUUUUUGAUGGGGCUUUGGAGCAAGUCCUUGCACCCCCACCCCCACCCUUUCAGAUGUCCGGUCGUUUGAAGUGACAGCAUUUAAGUGGUGGAACAGUACAGGGCUAAUUGUGGUGUGUUUUUUUGGUAGACGACAUUUAACAUAACGUUAUACGUAUGUGCCUUGAGUCAGUAUGGUGAGCUGUUUCAAAUGACAGUAUGCCAUGAUGUGGGGGGGGGCACUAUUUAAUUAGCAUCCAACUUUAAAGGAAUACUCCAGCAUGCUUUUUUGAACCAGAAUCGACUGUUAAGCGAUGACAGGAACGAACUUGUCUCAUGGUUAUUCCACAACAUUACUAUUUUUAAAAAAGUGUACUUGCUGUUCUUUAAUGAACCUCAUGAAAGUGUUCUACAGUUGAGCAAAAGUUUGUAUCAUCUUAGGAUAAUACGAGAACGCGCAAACGAGACAAACAGGGUGGGGGAAAACAAUUCUCCUUUUAUAAAUCUGAUAUAAAUAUUUGCUAAUAGUUUGUCCACUUGUGUUUGCACUUUCUGUGAAAUUUAAAUGUGUUCACGGAUUUUCAUUUCUUACCUUCUUUGUUGUUAAAUUCUGAUGCUAAAUACUUUUUUCCCUACACUUAAACCUUAGGAGGGGUGCAAACUUUUGCACAGCAUUUCACAUAAAGGUUUAUUAACUGCCCCAACAACUAAACUUGGACGUCUAUUUUUUUUGGGGGGGGG